GGCGGGGUCUGUGUCGGGGGCGGGGUCUGGCGCGCCGGCCGCUCAUUUCCGCCGGACGCGCGGCGUCUGGGCGGAUGGAGGCUACGCGGAGGUCGCGGCUGAGUUUGAGCCGUCGGAAGCCACCCUCGGGGGCCAGGGCCCCGCUUCCCGCUUCCCCCGCGCUGAGUUAUUAUGCCCACCCUCGCCGCCCCAGGCCUCCGAGCAAUCCCCCCGGGUCCCUCCCGGACGGCGGCGAGUGCGCGAAGCUGUGGACUCAGUUGCUGCGCAUCGCAAGCGCAGACCUGAACGUGGACGGCGAGCUGCCGCCGCUGCCCGCCUUCCCCGGCCAGGAGCCCAGUCGCAGCCCUGAGCGCCCGCCCCCGGAAAGAUUCACCGUGGGAACCGAGACCUUCUUCUGGACGCCUUUCCCGCCGCCCCCGCCGGGGCGAGGCGGGGACUCGGGCGGCUCCGACCUUGUGCUCAGCGCGGUCCGGGGGCGCACGGGGUUCCCCCCAAAACACCCAGCGCCCCAGCUCCGCGGAACCCCCAGCGCUGAGGAGCAGCCGUCGGAGGAGCAGCCCUCCCAGCGACAGCCGUCCGUGGACUCGGCGACAACCCUGCAGAGCUGUCCCAUGUGCCAAGUAGACUUCGCCCCCGGGCUGGCGCAGCUGGAUGUCGACAGCCACCUGGCCCAGUGCCUGGCAGACAGCACGGACGACAUAGAGUGUCCUGAAGGCGCCCGUUUCCAAGAACCAUAUCAGAGGAUAUACUGUGUUGUGACUGGAGCCACUGGACCCACCUGAGCAUAUCCUUCGCCUUCUAAAUUUAUAAAAGCAUAGGACCAUGCACGAAAUCACCCUGCCUGGGAGGCCAGGUUACACACAGGUCUGUACACCAGCAACCACACUGGCGACUGGGAGGCUGUACCUGGCACCACUGCAGCGUUGACAUCAGUGCCGUCAGUGUGAACAAAUCCACGGCCCCUGUACUGUCUGAGCAGAGGUGUUACCGUCCCUGAGGCGGCACGGGACCCCGUUGCGGGCACACUGGGGUCUCCCUAGGUGACUGCAUAGCCCUCCUGAUGAUGUCACCACAGGGUCAGAAUGCCCACCAGGCCUAGGCCACCCUGACUCUGUCCCAGGGUCCUUCACUUCCAUUUCCGGGGGCGGGGUGGGGGGGUGGAGAGGGUGUGUGUGUGCAAGUCUCCACAUUCUAGAGAUGCUGCUCUGCCAUCAGGGCCUGGCUGGGGUGCCCAGGGAAUCUGGGGGCACCCAGGGAGGCUGGUGUGUCUGUGCUGGGUUGGGCCAAGCCAGCAGCUUCUUUAUUUAGCUUUUAACUGUGAUCUGCACCAGGCUGCUGCCACAUUGGGAGAAGUGAGGCCCAAGGAUGCAUGGCUACGUGGGACCCACACCCACAAGGGACAUCAGGAACUACUGUCCUGAGGGUGGACAAGGCCCUCCUCCCCACUUUGCCUGGCCUGAGCCACACUUGACAAUAUCAGGGACUUAAAAAACCCACAUGAUUUACCUCUUUCUAGAAAACCUUGGGUUCAGCUUUUUACCUAAGGAGGAGGGUGGCCGAGUGACUGUGCCCCCUGCAGGUCAUGGGAGGGAGGAGGUGAGCCCUGCCAGCAGAGGGGGCUAAAUUUAUUCCUUUCCUUUAAGGCUAGGGCCCAUCAUACACAUACCCUCUUAAAAUGUCUAAUUCUGAGCAUUAUUAUUCCUGAUAAAAAUACUCUCCAAAAAUCUGAUACAUAACACAAGACAUAUGUAGGCACUGCUUAGUGUUUCCAGAAAUAUAUUUUGUGCAGAUUUCGUUUUCAACUUUGUGUUUUUUUUUUUUUUUUUGGUUUGCGGGUGCUUUGGUGAGCCUUGUUUUAGAACCUCUAUGACCCAGUUUUCCUGGUCAGUCUAAGGCCCGGGUUGGGACCAAUGGAGCCCACCUGGUGAAGGUGUGACCUGGGCGUCAGACCACGAGCUGCUGACAUGCUCGGCACUUACAUUCCGGACGUGCCUCCUCCGCGUGGGCCGCGCCUGCGACUAUGGGCGGGUGCCCCCCGCUGAAAAAAGGCAUCAGAGGGAAGCGCCAGCAUCAGAGGGACACUUUAUUCCUCGGGACAUUACAGGCCAACUCC